CCGAGCUCUUCAUUCCCUGCGCACCACUCGAGUCGAGAGCCACCUGAUCCUUCCUUCCCCGUCUUCCUCCCGCCCGACACGUCGCCCUCGCCAUUGCCGCGCCGCGUGCGAUCGGGAGAGGGUAGGCGGCGGAGAUGGGGCGCGGGCCGGUGCAGCUGCGGCGGAUCGAGAACAAGAUCAACCGCCAGGUGACCUUCUCCAAGCGCCGGAACGGGCUGCUGAAGAAGGCGCACGAGAUCUCCGUGCUCUGCGACGCCGAGGUCGCGCUCAUCGUCUUCUCCACCAAGGGGAAGCUCUACGAGUACUCCAGCCAUGAAAGCAUGGAAGGCAUUCUUGAGCGUUAUCAGCGUUACUCAUUUGAAGAAAGAGCAGUACUUGAUCCAAAUAUUGGAGACCAGGCAAAUUGGGGAGAUGAAUAUGGCAGGUUAAAAUCCAAACUUGAUGCACUUCAGAAGAGUCAAAGGCAACUGUUAGGAGAACAACUAGACUCACUGACCAUAAAAGAACUCCAUCAACUGGAGCAACAACUAGACAGUUCUCUGAAGCAUAUAAGAUCAAGAAAGAAUCAGCUCAUGUUCAAUUCAAUUUCUGAGCUCCAGAAAAAGGAGAAAUCGCUUACGGAUCAAAAUGGUGUCCUGCAAAAGCUCAUGGAGGCGGAGAAGGAGAAAAACAAUGCUUUAAUGAAUACACACCUCCGGGAGCAGCAAAAUGGAGCAUCAAAAAGCUCGCCAUCACCACCACCGUCAACAGUUCCAGAUUCCUUGCCGACUCUAGAUAUUGGGCCAUGCCAACCUAGAGGAACAGGAGGGGAGUCUGAACCUGAACCGAUUCCUGCUCAAGUAAACAGCGGCAAGCUGCCACCAUGGAUGCUCCGCAGUGUCAAUAACAGAUGAGCUCUUUCUGAUGCGGUUUUGCGGCUGAACUCGAAGGCAACACACUGCACCAACAAACACCCUUCGGUGACCCAGGCAUCCACCGCAGAGCGAUCCAUCUCGAUCCAGUGAUGGAUACCGGCAUAGUCACUAAUAAGAUCAGGUCUCAUCAAAUGCUUUACAGGGUGAAUGAAGUCUGGAGCACCUCUGCACCAGUAUAUUGCGUUUUGUUCUUGCGUCUACUGUCUCACUCCUUUUUUUUCUCUGAUCAACAAGCUCGGUGUACAUCUAAAAAGAGAAGCUCGGUGUAGCUUGUGGUUGGAGAUUCUACCGCUAUGUUUGUUUCCUCUGUCCUGUGUAGGCUUUAACGGAGAUGUAUGUUGUAUCAGUUGUGAUGUUUCUUGCGUUUUUCCAAAACAGAAGGCUCUUGUCCCCGAAAGUGUGGAGUCCCGGUCAAAGUGUUAAAUGCAUAAUUUGGUACUUCCUUCGUUUCAAA